UACCCACAAUGCACAGAGAGAGACACCAAAAUAGCAAGACUUUCAGGUAUCAUGGCGAUUGCUAUCUCUGCUUGAGAUCUCCUGUCUCCGCUGCACGGAUUUAUACACAGCAUCGGCUUCAAGUAAUCCUGAUAGAAAAUCGUGCUCAUCUCAAUGCUGUGCUAGUCUAGAUUACAGAAACGCAGGAGAGAUCAUCAUGGCAGCGUCUGAGCUGUACACAAAGCAUGCCCGGGUAUGGAUCCCUGAUGCAGAAGAAGUCUGGAAGUCGGCUGAACUUCUCAAAGACUACAAGCAAGGAGAUGCAUUGCUUCAGCUCAGACUGGAUGAUGGCACGGAUGUGGAACACAAAUUGGACCCCAAAACCAAAAACUUGCCCCAUCUACGUAACCCUGACAUCCUUGUUGGUGAAAAUGACCUCACUGCCCUCAGUUACCUCCAUGAGCCUGCAAUCCUGCAUAACCUCAAAGUGCGCUUCAUGGAUUCUAAGCUUAUCUACACCUACUGUGGUAUCGUCUUGGUGGCCAUUAAUCCCUAUGAGACGCUCCCCAUCUAUGGAGCGGACAUCAUCAAUGCAUACAGUGGGCAGAACAUGGGGGAUAUGGAUCCCCAUAUAUUUGCAGUGGCCGAGGAGUCAUAUAAACAAAUGGCCAGGGAUGAGAGGAACCAGUCUAUCAUUGUGAGUGGAGAAUCUGGUGCUGGGAAGACUGUGUCCGCCAAGUAUGCCAUGAGAUACUUUGCUACAGUCAGUGGUUCAGCCAGCGAGACCAAUGUGGAGGAGAAAGUUCUGGCAUCCAACCCCAUCAUGGAGUCUAUAGGAAAUGCCAAAACAACCAGAAAUGACAAUAGCAGUCGUUUUGGUAAGUAUAUUGAGAUUGGAUUCGACAAGAAGUAUCAAAUCAUUGGAGCCAACAUGAGAACCUACCUGUUGGAAAAAUCAAGAGUGGUGUUUCAGGCAGAUGAUGAAAGGAAUUACCAUAUUUUCUACCAGCUUUGUGCCUCUGCACAAUUGCCGGAGCUUAAAGUCCUUAAACUCGGCCAGGCAACCAACUUCCACUACACAAAGCAAGGGAGGAGCCCUGUGAUUGAUGGUGUUGAUGAUGCAAAGGAGAUGGUCAACACUAGACAUGCCUGCACUUUACUAGGUAUCAGUGAACCCUACCAAAUGGGAAUCUUCCGGAUUCUUGCUGCUAUCCUGCACCUUGGAAACGUGGAGAUUAAAGACCGGGAUUCUGACAGCAGCAUAGUUCCUCCUAACAAUGCCCACCUCACUGUCUUCUGUGACUUGAUGGGAGUGACAUAUCAGGACAUGUCCCAGUGGCUUUGCCACAAGAAGCUCAAGACAGCCGCAGAGACCUACAUCAAACCCAUCCCCAAACUGCAGGCAGUCAACGCCAGGGACGCCCUGGCCAAGCAUAUCUACGCCAAGCUCUUUGACUGGAUAGUGGACCACGUCAACAAGGCCCUGCGCUCCACUGUCAGCCAGAACUCUUUCAUUGGAGUGCUUGAUAUUUAUGGAUUUGAGACAUUUGAGAUCAACAGCUUUGAACAGUUCUGUAUAAAUUAUGCAAAUGAGAAACUGCAGCAACAAUUUAACAUGCAUGUGUUCAAACUGGAACAAGAGGAGUACAUGAAGGAACAGAUCCCGUGGACCUUGAUAGACUUCUAUGACAAUCAGCCUUGUAUCAAUCUGAUAGAGGCCAAAAUGGGAAUUCUGGAUUUGCUGGAUGAGGAGUGCAGGAUGCCAAAAGGAUCUGAUGAUACCUGGGCCCAGAAGUUAUAUAACACUCACUUGAACAAGUGUGCGCUGUUCCAUAAACCUCGCCUCUCAAAUAAAGCUUUUAUUAUCCAGCACUUUGCUGACAAGGUUGAAUACCAAUGUGAUGGGUUUUUAGAGAAGAAUAAAGACACGGUCAAUGAAGAGCAGAUUACUGUGCUGAAAACAAGCAAGUUUGAGUUACUAGUGGAGCUGUUUCAGGAUGAGGAGAAGGCGACCACCCCGACAGGGCCCCCGCCAGGCGGUCGCACUCGACUCAGCAUCAAACAGACCAAAACACGCCCUGGACAAACCAGCCGGGACCACAAGAAAACCGUGGGGCUUCAAUUUCGUAAUUCUCUUCAGUUGCUAAUGGAUACGCUCAAUGCUACCACCCCCCACUACGUGCGCUGCAUCAAACCGAAUGAUAACAAACACCCCUUCACGUUUGAUCCCAGUAGAGCUGUGCAGCAGCUCCGAGCUUGUGGUGUCCUGGAAACAAUCCGGAUCUCUGCUGCAGGCUUCCCAUCCAGGUGGACGUAUCAGGAGUUUUUUAGCCGCUACCGUGUUCUUAUGAAGCAAAAGGAUGUGUUGAACGACAGGAGGCUAACGUGUAGGAAUGUCUUAGAGAAACUGAUCAAGGAUCAAGACAAGUAUCAGUUUGGUAAAACAAAGAUUUUCUUCCGGGCCGGGCAAGUGGCCUACCUGGAGAAACUACGAGCUGACAAGCUGCGCGUCGCCUGCAUCCGCAUCCAGAAGACCAUUCGCAGCUGGCUGCUGCGCAAAAAGUACCUGCGCAUGCGGAGCGCAGCAAUCACCAUCCAGAGAUACGUCCGCGGCUACCAGGCACGAUGCCUUGCCAAGUUCCUGCGCCGGACCCAGGCUGCCAUCACCAUCCAGAAGUUUCAGCGCAUGUACAGGGAGCGCAAGAGGUACCGGCGCAUGCAGGCCGCGUCUCUCGUCGUACAGUGCAUGCUGCGAGCGUACAUGGCCCGGCAGAAGUACCAGGCGAUGCUGCGGGAGCACAAAACUAUCAUUAUCCAGAAGAGGGUACGAGGCUGGCUGGCCCGGCUGUAUUACAAGAGGUCCCUGGAAGCUGUUGUUUACCUGCAGUGCUGCAUCCGGCGCAUGAGGGCCAGACGGGAGCUGAAGAAGCUGAAGAUCGAGGCCCGCUCGGUGGAGCACUUCAAGAAGCUCAACAUUGGCAUGGAGAACAAGAUCAUGCAGCUGCAGCGCAAGGUGGAUGAGCAGCAAAAAGACAAGAAGGCCAUGACGGAGCGUCUGAAUAGUCUGGCAAACUCGUACUCUGUGGAGAGCGAGAAGCUUCGCAACGAGGUGGAGCGGCUGCGACUGACCGAGGAGGAGGCCAGGAACAACUCGAACCGCAUCACCACCCUGCUGGAGGAGCUGGCCAGGCUGAAGAAGGAGCUGUGCGACACGCAGAGGGACAAGAGGAUCAUCGAGGAGUGGGCCGACAAGUACAAACUGGAAACCGAGCAGCUGGUGGCUGAGCUCAAGGAGCAGAACUCGCUUCUGAAGAUAGAGAAAGAUGACCUGAACCGCCUCAUUCAAGAGCAGAACCAGGAGAUGACAGAGAAAAUGGAGAAGGCGUUGGCAGAGGAAACCAAGCAGCUGGAGUGUGAGCUGAAUGAAGAGCGCUCCCGAUACCAGAACCUCCUGACCGAGCACCGGCGCCUAGAGGAUCGCCAUGACGACCUCAAGGAGGAGAUGACGCUCAUGGUGAACAUUCCUAAGCCAGGCCACAGGAGGACAGACUCCACUCACAGCAGCAAUGAGUCUGAGUAUACAUACAACUCUGAAUUCGCUGAGCCCGAGGAGAACGCACGGGGAGCUGAGGAUGUUACCAAGGCUCCUCUGGACAUGUCCCUGUUCCUGAAGCUGCAGAAGAGGGUGACGGAGCUGGAGCAGGAGAAGCAGUCCUUGCAGAACGAGUUGGACAAGAAAGAGGAGCAGGCUUACAGGGCCAGGGCCAGGGAGGAAGAUGAGCAGAACAGGGCGAGAGGGGCAGAGCUGGAAUACGAGUCUCUCAAGCGUCAGGAACUGGACUCGGAGAACAAGAAGCUGAAGAAUGAUUUGAACGAGCUCCGUAAAGCUCUGUCUGAGAAGUCUCCCCCAGGGGUCACAGCGCCGGGCUCCCCUGCCUACAAGGUCAUCAUGGAGCAGCUCAACUCCUCCAACGAGGAGCUGGAGGUCCGCAAGGAGGAGGUGCUCAUCCUCCGCUCCCAGCUGGUCAGCCAGAAGGAAGCCGUUCAUCAGAAGCAAACCAUGACAGAAGCCAUGCCCUGCAUGGAGGACGUACGCAAGAUGAAGGAUGCUGGAGAAAUAACUCAAGCAUACAUAGCCUUGAAAGAAAGCAACAGAUCACCAAAGUUCACCUCUAAGCCUGUUGCAGUCAGUGAUCUCAUGAGUAGGAUAAGAUCACCCCCUCAAGACUACCAUGCGCUGAAUGAGGACGGAGAGCUUUGGCUGGUUUAUGAAGGGUUAAAGGAAACCAACAGGCUCCUGGAGUCCCAGCUCCAGACUCUGAGGAAGAGCCACGAGAACGAGACGGAGGUGCUGCGCGAGGAGCUGCAGAGCGUCAAGGAGGACAACAACCGGCAGCAGCAGCUCCUGGCUCAGAACCUCCAGCUGCCCCCCGAGGCUCGCAUCGAGGCCAGCCUGCAGCACGAGAUCACCAGGCUUACCAACGAGAACCUGUACUUUGAGGAAUUAUAUGCAGAUGACCCCGCGAAGUAUCAGUUCUACCGGAUUUCGCUUUACAAACGGAUCAUUGAUCUCAUGGAACAGCUGGAAAAACAGGACAAGACUGUUCGCAAACUAAAGAAGCAGCUGAAAGUAUUUGCAAAGAAGAUUGGGGAGCUAGAAGUAAGCAGUCAGAUAGAGAACGUGUCUCCAGGCCAGAUCAUCGACGAGCCGAUCCAUCCAGUCAACAUUCCCAGAAAGGAGAAGGAUUUCCAGGGAAUGCUGGAGUACAAGAAGGAGGAUGAAUCCAAACUGGUGAAAAACCUCAUCCUAGAGCUAAAACCACGGGGUGUGGCUGUAAACCUGAUUCCUGGCUUACCGGCCUACAUCCUCUUCAUGUGUCUCAGGCAUGCAGAUUAUGUGAACGAUGACCAGAAAGUGCGCACUUUGUUAACCUCAACUAUUAAUGGCAUCAAGAAGAUCUUAAAGAAAAGAGGCGAUGACUAUGAAACAGUCUCGUUCUGGCUGUCUAACACCUGCCGGUUCCUGCACUGUUUGAAGCAAUACAGCGGAGAAGAGUCCUUUAUGAAGCACAACACCCCCCGACAGAAUGAACACUGCCUCUCUAACUUCGACCUGGCAGAGUACAGGCAGGUCCUGAGCGACUUGGCCAUCCAGAUUUACCAGCAACUCGUGAAGGUCAUGGAGAACAUCCUUCAGCCAAUGAUAGUUUCGGGAAUGUUGGAACAUGAGACGAUCCAGGGUGUGUCGGGAGUGAAGCCCACUGGCUUGCGUAAGAGGACCUCCAGUAUUGCGGAUGAAGGCACCUACACGCUGGACUCCAUCCUGCGUCAGCUGAACUCCUUCCACUCCACCAUGUGCCAGCACGGCACGGACCCGGAGCUCAUCAAGCAGGUCGUCAAGCAGAUGUUCUACAUCAUCGGGGCCGUCACCCUCAACAACCUACUGCUACGCAAGGACAUGUGCUCCUGGAGCAAAGGAAUGCAGAUUAGGUACAAUGUGAGCCAGCUUGAGGAAUGGCUAAGGGACAAGAAUCUAAUGACAAGUGGUGCUAAGGAGACAUUGGAGCCUUUGAUCCAGGCAGCUCAGCUGUUGCAGGUGAAGAAGAAGACCGAUGAGGAUGCGGAGGCGAUCUGCUCCAUGUGCAAUGCUCUUUCAACUGCACAGAUUGUAAAAGUGCUGAAUCUGUACACUCCAGUAAAUGAGUUUGAAGAAAGGGUUUCUGUAGCGUUUAUACGUACCAUACAGAUACGUUUACGAGACCGGAAAGAAUCGCCCCAGUUACUAAUGGACACCAAAAACAUCUACCCAGUUACAUUCCCAUUCAACCCCUCUUCCCUUGCACUGGAAACCAUUCAGAUCCCCAGCAGCCUCAACCUGUUAUUCCUCACUCGUGUCUAAAGGAAGUGACUGCUAAACUCAUGCUUUGGUUGACAGCCAGUUUAUGUAUAUGUUGCAGAAACAGCCCUACAUCCAGUCACGUAGAGUUCAGUAUUAGCAGCAGGCAAAGCUGUGAAAUCAUGCACUUCAAAAUUGAUAAUUGAGAGGAAUAACAAAAUAAGCCCAGUCCAAUCUAAUGCAUGUAACAAGUUUUAUUAGAUAUGCCAGAUAUGUCACCUUAAUGAGUAUUUGGCAUCAUUUCUGAGACUGGCUGCACAAAUUGUAAUGUACUGUAUCUGGAAAAAUACUUUUAUGGUUAUGCUUUUGUUUUUACAAUGGUCAUUUGAACACUCACGCCAAGUGAUGCAUGGAUGUUAAGCAGGAAGUCAGUUACAAAUUAAACAGUUUGGGUGAAUGUUACCAAACUUGAAAACAACAAGGAUACUAAACUGUACAGUCUAUUAGUUAUUUUAAAUGAAAGCAGUGGAGAAAGCAUAGUUAGGGAGAAGUGUGGCCUCCCAUCUCUAUCGCAAGCUGACAUGUACAGUUAGCUUCUCUUACAAUAGCAAAUGUAUGUCUUGCAUUUCUUCCAACACCUCUUCAUUUUUGGUGACUUGUUUUUCUUUUUUUUUAUCAGCCUGUGUUUUCUUUACAAUAAUUUCACAUGGAAAGAGUUACACAUUGUUGGAAAUUGGAAAUGUUAGAAAUAUGACUUUGCCUGACUGGAUCGGGCAUUGUAGACACUGCCUGCAACAUAGAUCUCAAGAAAGCCACUUAUUCUGUUUCAGGUCAAGACCUGACAACUAAAGCAUGUGGGUUACAGAGUAUAGUAUGCGCAGAUUUGAGUCGUGAACAUGUAGAAAAGUCAUGCUCAAAUCGUAAAACAUUUAACAACAUUGUAAAUUUCUCUUACAUGUUAAGGCAGACUUAAAUAUAAUCUAUUGAUUUGGUUGAGGGGCUGUCUCCCAUUUCCCACCCAAAAAUAAUUGUAAAAGAGAAGAGGAGGAGGAGGAGGAGAACAGGAACUGGAACUGGAACUGGUUAUGCUUUAAACAAUGUAUCAACUGGAAAAGUAAACUGGUAAUAUAUAGAAUACAUUGUCAAAUAGCUUUCUUAUUUAUGUCAUUAAGAUAUGUAGAAAUACAGAUGGUCCUAGCCUACUAUUUAAUAUAGAUACUUAUUUGUUAGUAUUGUGGGUUUACUUAGAACGCCUAGAUAGCUACUGUGUCUUGUAUAACUUGCAUAGCUAGAACAAUGUACUAAUUUAGCACUGCAAUGUAGAGUAUUAAGACAUAGUUCUCUUGAAUAUCAAUAUUGUUUACAAUUAAAACAUUAGCUUGAUUUUAUGUGAGUGUCACUGUAACACUUCAAAAAGUUUUUCUCCAUGGUAAAGGCUCAAAGAAAUAAUAUUGAUUGUCCAAUACUAUUUAUUAUAAUGUGCUGAGAUUUCUAGUACGACUGCACACUCCUUAACGUUAAGGGUAAAUGCAUAGGGUUACAAUGCACAGUCUACACUGUAAUACAAUGCUGUUGCUAAAAUCAUUCAAUCAGUUUGCCUUAUACCAGUAAUCUAAUGCUGAACUAUUCACAACCAUAUCCAGUGUUGAAAGGACCAGGUGAUACUUCUUUGGUGCCUUUACCAUGUACAGUAAGCCUCAUUUAAGCACAAAAGCACACUGGAUGUCUCAUGUAUAAGAUAAAGGUUACUUUUUUUUUAAUGGAGGUCUUUAAAAAUGUAUGGACAGAUUUAAGUUAUUUGUUUCAGUAUUAUUGACAUGAGUUCUGUUACACCGGAUCUUAUCCACUUCUAGCAUGUUUGAUUUAAGGAUAUUGUUAGUAGGUCGUGUGUAACAGAAGACAUUUUUUUAAGAGAAUAUAAGCAUAACCCUGACUGUAUAGCAUAACUGAUAUCAUGCUGCCUGCAUUGUUUCAAUUGCACAGUGAAUGCUGCUCUGACCAAUUGCCCCCAAGCUUUCUUUUUUUUAUAGAUAGUUUUUUGCUGGUAUAAUUUGUGUGCCAAUUAAAGAAGGAUUUAUGUGGGAAAUAAAUAAAUAAUAAUAAUAAUAAUAAUAAUAAUAAUAAUAAUAAAACUUGACAUUGCUUAUGACCUUUUUUUGCAGAUACAAUGACAAAAGCUGAUAAAGUAGUUAUCACUGCCAGCUUAGAAAGCAGCCCAGCCACUCUCAUGAUCUUGCUUUCCAGGGUCACUGUACACUGCAUGAAUGCCUGUAAUAUUGGCAAGGUGUUUUUUUUUAUAGAAUGUAUUUCAGUAGCAUUGGUACCAUGGAUUGCUCCCAAGCUGAUGCAGACAGUUUCACACUGGAAAGCCUUGUUCGAUUCACAUGUGCACGGUAAUUAGCAGUGAAGCACUCCUGGAACAUACUGUAUUUAUACGAUACACCUUAAUUGUCAGCUGCGUUUGCACUAUCAAGACAAGGCUUUGUACAUUUUUCUAGGGACUGGUUGUAGGGGCAACCUGGUUGCCUCACUGAUAUUCAGAUAUUUGCUCACUGUCGGCACUUGAGCUCCAGGGACUACAAUAAGAAAACUGAUUACAAAAAAAAAAUGUGCUCAAAACAUUGUAAAGUAAAAUUGGCUACUGAACGUCAAAAAAAGGUUCUGAUCCAUGCAUAUUUUUAUUGCUCAAUCCCCUUAGAGGUACAUAUCAAGGCCACUGGGACCAGCACAGGCACAUUGUAAGUUGUCCCUACUGUGUAUUGUCACAACGGAACUCUACAUUUUUAUAAUGAAAUAUUGCGUUCGGAACUACUGACUGAAUGGAUUGAUGGUGUUCUGAUACAAUCCACAGAACUGGAAAAUACUGACUAUACUAGAAACUAAAUUACAGUCUUCUCUACCUAAAUGCUUUGAUUUUAUUCAUGUUCAUAUUUUUAUAAAAGUAUUGGUUUAUUUAUACUCCGUAAAUGUCUUUAUAAAGCCUUACCUGAUAACAGCACGUCAAGUACAACAGUUGGCAGCUGAUACAGUGUUUGUGGUUGCGUCGUUGAGAUAGUUAUGUGUUUCUGUUAAAGGGUAAUUCUCAAAUGUUGUUAUAUCUGUUAAAUAAACAGCUAAUAAGUGCAGUCCUCUGGGCACUGCGCUACCAGCAACAGUAUUUUUUUUUUCCUUUCAGAAAUUAAAGAGAAGGAGGUUUGUGAGACACAAACCUUGGGUUAGAAGUUGUUUUCGGGCAUAAUCAGGACCACAAAAAUGUUUAAAUGUCAGUUUGCCUUUGAAACAUAUCGCAAGGCUAUUUGUAUGGGAUAUUUGCUUUGUAUUUUUAUGUCUUCAUAUGUCCUUUAAGUUGUAUGUGUUUGCAUGUUUUCUGUACAGCUUAUUUUUUGUGUGUUUUAAACAUGUCCAGUGACACAAAUAUUUAUUAUAUAUCAUUAUUGGAAUCAUAUCAGGACUUUGCAAGAGAGCAGUUCCACUAGAUAAAGAGAUUUUAAUUGUGCUCCACAGUUACCACUACAAUUAGUGUUUGCUUGGGUUUCAAAUGUGUUGCUGCUUAUUUGAGUAGUUAAUAGUGAACACAUUCUAGCCCCAGAAAAGUGUAUGCUUUCAUCUUCCAAUGGGUGUGUUUGCUAGCACCAUAAGUACAAGGUUUAUUUGUGUCUACAGGUCUGUUGAAAACCUUGAUGCGAGAGGCAUUCAGAAACUGCCAAAGAGAAUGAUAACCCCUACUGCAUAUCCAAAACACCUUAUUAACCCUUUCAUGACUGGGAUCGCACAGUAUGUACAUGUAAAAUGUGGUUUUUGUGUUUAUUUUUUAUUUUUAAAACUGCAUUUUACUUUGCAUAUAUUAUGUUGACACCAAUAAAUAAUACAUGCUGCUGUAUGUUACAUCAAACACUUAGUCUGUAAGGUGUUCAAGUAAUUUAUAUUUUAAAGGUUUUUAUGACAUAUGGUGAAUGUGUGAUAUUAGACUCAUAACACUACAGCUGUUCACUACAAGCAAAUGGUAUGACUGAUGUUGAUGAUCGGACUGUGCUUCCCAAUUUUAGGAAUGAAAAGUAAAAAUUAAGCUGUGUUUUUUUUUUUAUUAUUACAGCAGGCAUUGGUUAAUUAAUACAAUGUUAUUUGCCUUGACAAUUGGUUUAUACAUGCUCAUCUUUUAAAGGUACUGUUUUACAUGAUGGAGAUUGCAAACACUCUUAUUUGGAGGCUGAAUGUAUAAAAUGAUAAUAUUGCUGUAACUCUUCGUGUGGUUAACAGAAUGCAGAACAAACUGGAGCUGGUAGAAACGUAUUUGCUUCUGACAGACUCAUUUUCCCAACUAACUCGUGUGUACCUUCAAAUAAUAACCCAUAAAUAAGGACUAAUGUGCUUAAGUCAAGAUCUAAACUGGUGUAGUUCCUGGUAGCUGUAAUGAAGUAAUUGUGCACCAUAAAAAUGUAAUAAGGUACGAACAAAUGUCAAAGUUGUAUAAACAAAUAAAGGAAUUCAGCACUGUA